AUGUUCUCUAAAAGUGCACCGGUUCGGGCCCCAUAUCCAGGUAAUCACCAACCAUUGCCCAGUGAGCCUUAUCUCACCACGGUAGUGCUCGAGUCCAUGAGGUUGUUUCGAUCAGUGGAUGGUAAUCAUACUUGGACCAUGGGCCAAAACCAUGACCCAAAGCUCCUUAGCACACCUGAUAACCGAAACAUUCUUGCCCUGAAAUGUCCGACCAACCUCACCGAUUGGCAAAUCACCCCGUACCUUUUCCCCAUAUCCUCUUCCAGUGAGGAAGAUGAGGAAGGUGAGGAAAAUAAGGAAGAUGACAAUGAUGAGGAUGGAGACGAGGAACCACGAAAUCUUCCUUCUACAGGCGGAGCCAGCUCAUCCCAUGAUAUUGGACACCCGACAUAUCACCAACAAUACACGGACUAA